AUGAAGCUCUUCUAUAUGGCCACUGUGCUUGCCUCCGCCGCCCUGGCCGUGACCCAGGGUGUGCAGCGCACGCGUGAAGAGUACUCCAUGCAGCAAGGAGAUGAUAUCAAGAAGGUCCUCAGGAGACAGACGGCGGGCCAGUGUAUUGCUAUCCCGCAGGAGUGCACCUCCAGCGUCGACAAGGUUGUCAAUGGGUUUACCGAGGCCCUGACCUCCGGGAGUCUCGAUGUGCUCAUUGGCGCUGCUAACGGCCUCCCUGCCGAGCUGACUAGCAGCGGUUGCAUGGCGAAGCUUUCUGCGUGUGCCAGUAGCCUGCCCAGCAAUCCGAGCAGUCUCCCAAGUGCCGUGCCGAGUGCUGUACCCAGUGCCGUGGCCGGCGUGGCUCCUGGUGGUGUUGGUCGUGGUGGUGUUCCAUUGUAA